CGAGGUGAUUCCAGCUCACUUUUAACUUCAACUUCUCUGACCAGACUCCGUCCUGCCGUCAUCUGGAUUAUCAUCUGCAGAACUGAGCGACACCAACUUUUCCUGGCUUUUGGAUCGGAACCUGUUUUUUUUCUUCUUUUUUUUUAUUCGGAAUGAUUGAGCCGCACAUGUUAUAGAGGGGUCUGUUGUGGACAUGGUCUGGAUCUUUUGUGCUGUAACUCCACGGCAUCGUGGAGUUGGAAGGAUGGCUGAGAGAUGCGGCUUGGUUCCGAGUGAUCUGACCUUCUCUCGGGCUGUUUAACGGAACACGUGUGGUUAUGUGCACCUAAUGCGUUUGGAGACCCAAAACGGCUGCGCAUGCUGUGCGCACCGAGCCGGACCUCCAAGUCCUUCAGGACGAGUCUAGUUCCAUGUUGCACCCAAGACCCGGACGGGACCGACACGACGCAUCCAAAACCGACUAGGUUUGUCGUAUGUUCAAGUCCAAACGCGCGGGUCUGGUACGGCGACUCUGGAGAAACCGUCUGGUCACUGAAGGCGACGGACGGGAUGGAAGCGGACGAGGUGAGGGGGGUCGCUCCGGUCAAUGUGGCAGGAAGAUCCGCAGGAGCGAGCAGGUGACCCGCGCUGAUCCCGGACUCGGAGAGGCGGGAGGUCUGGGGGACGCUGAGGACGAGGAGCAAGCGGACGAUGACCGAGGCCUCCGCAACAGUCCGGGACGCCACCAGGAGGAGGACAGCAGGACGGUGACGUGUUGCUUGUUCGGGGAAUGGGAUCGAAGACCUCGAAGUCCAAACCGGGGUCGGUGUCAUGGUCAGGAAGAAGAAAUGGCCGGCGCCACUUGCGCCUUUUUAAGAAAGCUCAAGGAGAAAAGUCUGGAAGUUCUGGUGAAGACGGUGGAGACCAAAGGAGCGGAGCCGAGUGAGUGCGUCAUGGUGCCAAACACUCCGCUGCGGCUCGGAGCGCAGCAAGUUUCUCCUCAGUAUCUUCUCUGUAGGACGUUCCGAUGGAGCGACCUGCAGUUUUCAUCACCACUCAAAACCCUGAGUCCCUGUCAGAACCUGAGUGGAGGAGACCAAGUUAAUGUCUGCUGCAACCCGUACCACUACAGCCGCUUAUGUGGGCCAGAGUCACCUCCUCCUCCAUAUUCCUGUUCAGAUGAACACAAGCCACUAGACUCUGCUUUGUUUUACACUGAAACUGUGCCUCCCGCCUUCCGCACGUCUCAGACUACGCCAAGAGACUACGCAGACACUGGUACCUCCCUCGGCUCCUCCACCUCCAGCGGCCUUCACUCUCACUGGUGCAGCGUUGCCUACUGGGAGCAUCGCACGCGUGUGGGUCGCCUCUAUCCGGCCUACGAUCCCUCCCUCAGCAUUUUCUACGACCUACCUCAGGGCACUGGCCUCUGCCUCGGCCAGCUCCAGGCCAACGCCUACCACAAUCGCCGCGCGGACCCGGGCAGCCACCACUCAUCAGGAAGCAAAAGAAGCAGCAGCAGCAGCGUCCAACAGAUCCGUUGUAAAAUCGGCUUUGGCAUCGUGCUGAGUCAGGAGACAGACGGCGUUUGGGUUUACAACCGCAGUCAGCAUCCGAUUUUUGUCCACUCACCCACUCUGGACCUGCUGAGCGCCUGCGGCUUCAGUGUGAAGAGGGUGAUGCCGGGAUUCUCCCUCAAGAUGUUUGACUAUGAGUGCUCCAGCUGGAUGAGGGAGCACGGUGUGAAGCCGGAGAGCCAGGAGGGGCCCUGGGACCCCCACAGUAUUCGCAUCAGUUUUGCUAAAGGAUGGGGGCCCUGCUACUCCAGACAGUUCAUAACCUCCUGCCCCUGCUGGCUGGAGGUUCUGCUCAACAACCACAGAUAACCCACACCUGCAUCCCAGUUGUAAUCUACCUAGAUUUAAUAUAAAUUUAUAUAUUUUAUAAGAUAUAUUAUACUUGUAAAUACUUGAGUCAUUUUACAAUGCUACUAUUUAUAUUUAGGACUAAAUGUGGAUACGGACAUUAUAAAAAGGAACAAGAAGAAGCACUUUGGAUUCUUACAUCAGUUUCUCAGCGUCAUUUCUCAGAACUGAAAGCUGUUUUAUGUUUUCAUUGGUCCGACACUUACCAUGCCAUGAACGCAUUGUCAAUAAAGUCUUCGUGUUAAA